GAUGUCACAUCCGGUUUGAACAGCCGGCAGGAUUGAAGGAAGAGUCUGGAGUUAGCCACUUUACUACUUGUGUCGUUUAUUUUUAAACUUUUUAAAGGUGUAUAAUACAGAAUUAUAACACAACACACUAGAUUUUAUUCGCGCAGUCACAAUGACUUUCGAUGUGCGGAGGUUCGACAUCUACAGGAAAGUGCCUAAAGAUCUGACCCAGCCCACGUACACCGGAGCGUUCAUUUCAAUAUGCUGCUGCGUCUUCAUGUUGUUCCUCUUUCUCUCUGAGCUGACAGGAUUCAUCGCUACAGAAAUAGUAAAUGAACUGUAUGUGGAUGACCCUGAUAAGGACAGUGGGGGGAAGAUAGAAGUGAGUUUAAACAUCAGUUUGCCAAACUUACACUGUGAUUUGGUGGGUUUGGACAUCCAGGACGAGAUGGGCCGGCAUGAAGUGGGUCACAUAGAGAACUCGAUGAAGAUGCCCCUCAACAACGGCCACGGAUGCCGCUUUGAAGGAGAGUUCAGUAUUAAUAAGGUCCCAGGAAACUUCCACGUGUCGACCCACAGCGCCACCGCUCAGCCCCAGAGCCCGGACAUGACCCACGUCAUACACAAACUGGCCUUCGGGGAGAAGCUGCAGGUGCAGCAUGUCCAUGGGGCUUUUAAUGCGUUAGGCGGAGCCAACAGACUGCAGUCCAAUGCUUUAGCGUCUCACGAUUACAUUCUCAAGAUCGUCCCUACGGUGUACGAGGACCUGGGAGGCAAGCAGAGGUUCUCCUACCAGUACACCGUGGCAAACAAGGAGUAUGUGGCGUACAGCCAUACGGGCCGCAUCAUCCCGGCCAUCUGGUUCCGCUACGACCUGAGUCCAAUCACAGUCAAAUACACCGAGAGGAGACAACCGCUCUACCGCUUCAUCACUACUGUGAGUCACACACACACACACACACACACACACCUGAGUCCAUCACAGUCAAAUACACCGAGAGGAGACAACCGCUCUACCGCUUCAUCACUACUAUUUGCGCAAUCAUCGGUGGGACGUUCACAGUGGCCGGGAUCAUCGACUCCUGCAUAUUCACAGCCUCCGAAGCCUGGAAGAAAAUCCAGAUCGGGAAAAUGUCAUGAGUGUGUGUGUGUGUGUGUGUGUGUUCUCCUCCAUACACCUCUUGUCUUUAUUUAAAUCUCUUCAUCAUCACCAUCAUCAUCAUCACACGACCCACACCCGGAGGACCUCAUCAUCUUCAUCAUCACCUUCAUCAGCAUCACUCGUCUGCAGGCGUUCAGUGCGGUCAGCCACAGGCUCUGCAGGGGACGAGUGUGUGUGAGCAGCUGCAGUGACACACACACUCAUGGAGGACUGGGCUGAUUCAGACGCUUCAGAUGAUGGCUCAUCUCAGGACUCAGAGCUCUUCUUCCAGCUUUAGGCUCACAUCGCUCUUCAAAGUGGACAAAAAAUCACAUUAUAAAAACUAAGGAUGCGCCGAUAACCCAAAAUUCUUUAUAUCUGAAAGCCGAUAACCGAUAUAUCAGCCGAUAAAUCUGAAUCCAUAUUUGAUAUCGUUUUUGAGAGCCUGAUUCCAAAAGCGAAAGCACCGUUAAAAGCCGAGUCCCAAACACACGAUUAAUAAUCACGUCCUCAUUAUAGUGAACUGACUCGAGAUCAUCAUGUUGAUCAGUCUCAGCUGGAGGAUGUCAUACAGUAUUCAUCAGCUUUAAUAUAUCAGACACAGUUUUUAUUAAGCCGAUAACGAUAACAUUAAAAAGGUGGAUGAUCGCUCGUGCAUCCAUAAUUAAAACAUGGAGCGAUGUGCGAUUGCUUUGCAUGACACCCCCAGUUUUUAGGACAUUAUGCAGUAAUUAAGUGUUAACACUCAUGUGUUUGUUUAAUAUGUGCAGCAUUACACUAAUGGAGAAUGAUGGGAAUGACUAUCCAGAUGCUUUUGGGGUUAAAUAUAUUUUAUUAAAAUAAUGAAAAAGCAUUGCAAACGAUUUUAAUCUUGAUGAGGGUUGAACUGAGAGUGAGAUGAACCUGGUCAUGUUGAAAGCAGUGCAUGCUGGGAUGUAAUCUUGCCCCUGUGCUCUUGUGUCAAGCGUUUGAUUGAAGGGAAAUUCUGAAUGUUUUUGAUGUGUUAACUAAAGACUCUUGAAGGAA